AUGAAGUCCUUCGCUGUCCUCUCCGCUCUCGUCGCCGCCGCUGCUGCUGCCGGCCGCUGCGGUGGUGACAACUGCGCCCGUCAGGUCACCGGUACCCGCGACGGCCUCCUUGCUGUCACUUCCCGCCAGGCUGAUUGCUCCAGCUUCAUGCAGACCACCAUUGUCCCUGAUGCUACCACCACCACGGUCACCGUCACUGUUGACCCCGAUGAGCCCGCCAAGUUCAAGCGCGAGAACCACGAGGUCCGUGCCGCCACCGAGGUCCCUACUGCCGUUCCCGCCUACGCCUCUGGCUGCGACAGCGCCUCCCGCUACUCCUCUGCUUGCUCUUGCUGGGGCAUUACUGCUACUGCUACCACCGCUAAGCAGCCCACCAAGACUGUCACUGUUACCGUCACCAGCGACUACUGCGAGGAUCUCCAACACUUUCCAGAGUGGGAAAAUAAGUUCCGUGGUGACUGGUUGCGGGGUACUCCGUACGAUGUACGUACUCAGAGCUAA